AUGAUAUCCGAAGAGAAAGCCCCAACCACCCCCUCACCCACUGAGCAACCUCAAACUCCAACCCCCAGUACAGAGAGCACAACCCCUCAUCCAGAUCCAACAACCCCUCCACAACUCUCACCAAACGCCCAACUGAUGCGCGAAUUCGAAAAAGACAUAUCCACCAAAGCCAGCACCCUAACUGACUGGCCUAAACUCAUUACUGAACUUCGUCGGCUCUCUCUCAUUCAUAUCCAGAAACAACGUAUCGCGGAUAAGAGCGAGAUGGAAAAGGCGCUUCUGGGGUUGGGGAAAUAUGCCCAGGCGCAUUUUGAGAGGUUGAGGAGGGCGCAACCGCCGGAUGCGAAGUCGGUUAUUGAGGGGUUGAAGUGGGUUUAUAAAGAGGAUGGGAGGGAGGUGGAGGUUAAGAGGGAGCAUGUUUUUGGGGGUUGUUAG